UUCCAAAGAGUCGGCAAAGCUUGAAAAACCAACCGAAUUCUUCCAUUUCGCCGGAAGAGAGGUAGAGAAAUGUCGAUGGGAACGUCCACGCAGGCAUACGGUGAGCCCUGGUACUGGGACAACCGCUAUGCCAACGAAUCAGGACCGUUUGAUUGGUACCAGAAAUACCCUUCCUUAGCUCCAUUGAUCCGCCAUUGCAUCCCUCUCCACCACCACCGCGUCCUCGUGGUCGGUUGCGGCAACUCAACUUUCAGCGUAGGUAUGGUGGAUGAUGGUUACGAAGACGUGGUGAACAUUGAUAUAUCGUCGGUGGUGAUCGAAGCUAUGCAGAAGAAGUAUCCCAAUCGUCCUCAGCUCAAAUAUAUCAGGAUGGAUGCUCGAGACAUGAGUUCUUUUCAAACAGGUUCAUUUCAUGCGGUUGUUGAUAAAGGGACGCUGGACUCUAUAUUGUGUGGGAAUAAUUCACGACAAAAUGCGAAGCAGAUGCUUGAUGAAGUGUGGAGAUUGAAGCAGUUGAUGACAAACUAUAGGGUCCUUAAGGAUAAAGGCGUCUAUAUUCUGAUCACAUAUGGAUCUCCAACUUAUCGCCUGUCUUUGUUGAGGGAAUCAUGCCUGUGGCGGGUAAAACUUCACGUGAUAGACUGGUUGUUCACCCUGCAUUCUCUUUCAUUCAUGCAUUCUGUCAUAGCCUCUCAAUACUUCCUGAUAAACUUAUUGCAGAAGAGCACACUGAACAGCCAACUUGGGAACUUACUAACCCUGUUCCAUUGGAAGAUGGAAGCUCAUUGGAAGAAGUACUUGGAAAGCACCGCGAUGUCCAUUACAUUUAUGUUUGUACGAAGGAUGAUUCUUUAGGGCCAGAUGCGGGACAUUAAGCGGCAACUACGGGAAGAAGAUAAGUGUCCCCAACAUUUUGUGUUGUGAUUAUUUUUUCAAUUGUUAGAACAACAUAAAAUGUCAUCUGGAGAUUGCUAGUUUUUGUUUCAUUUCGUGAUGUAGUAGUCAUAAAUCGUAUUCAUAAGCUAUUAAAAUGUAUGUUGACCUGAUCUUCCACAAACUUGUGAUUCUAUUUCUUGUAAUCUAUUUAUUGAUUCUUGAAGUGCUGUGCAGUUGAUCCAA